CUGCUCCUCGCGCCUCGGACAGUCAGUCACCUUAAGCGUGGGGUCGCUCAAUUACACCAGCGGCCACGCAGACGUGGGUGUCGCGAGCACAUUUUAUUUCUUUCCGAGUCUUUUACUAGAAGCGCUAGGAGACGGCGAGACGUGUGUGACAGAGGCUUCUCGUGGGGAUCAAACGCUGCGCUGCUGAGAAGUAUAAGCAGCUAAGAGCCGCCGGUCGACCGCCACCGAAGGAGGAGGAUGAUGAUGAGGAGGACGAGGCGGUGAAGCGCGUUCCGCUAAAUCCCACCUGCCCAGGGUCUUCACUGUCUGGAGUUGCUUGGACUUGGCGCCUCGCUGCUCACCUGUAGGAAUCUCUUGUGACGUCCAGAGCAGCCCCCCGGGGGCGCCGGCGCACCCACUGCGGCUGCACACUCUUUCUUCUCCGGCCACUUCGUGCGCUUCCACAUGCAGACGUGCGGCUGCCUGUCCUUCUCCAUGGAGCACGAGAGUUCAGCGCCAGACCAUGACCCGCAGCGCAUCAAGACGCAGCUCCGCGUCGACUACCGGACAAGUUCUUUCUUCUGGCGACCCCCAACUUCAAUGCUGAGCGCCAUGAGUGCCUGUGGCAGAAAAGCGCUCACUUUGUUGAGCAGCAUCUUCGCAGUGUGUGGUCUCGGACUUUUGGGCGUCGCGGUCAGCACGGACUACUGGCUCUACCUGGAAGAAGGCAUCAUCCUGCCCCAGAACCAGAGCACAGAGAUUAAGAUGUCUCUGCACUCAGGCCUCUGGAGGGUCUGCUUCCUGGCAGGUGAGGAGCGUGGACGUUGCUUCACCAUUGAGUAUGUGAUGCCCAUGAGUGUGCAGAUGACAUCUGAAUCGACCAUCAGUGUCCUCAAAAUGAUCCGCUCUGCGACUCCUUUCCCCCUCGUCAGCCUCUUCUUCAUGUUCAUUGGGUUUGUGCUCAACAACAUCGGCCACAUUCGCCCUCAUAGGACAAUCCUGGCUUUUGUUUCGGGAAUCUUCUUCAUCUUGUCAGGCCUGUCGCUGGUGGUCGGGCUGGUUCUGUACAUAUCGAGCAUCAACGACGAGAUGCUGAACAGAACCAAAGACAACGAAGCCUACUUCAGCUACAAGUACGGCUGGUCCUUUGCCUUUGCAGCGAUCUCCUUCUUACUCACAGAGAGCGCAGGGGUGAUGUCCGUCUACCUGUUUAUGAAGCGCUACACAGCGGAGGAGAUCUACAGACCCCACCCAGCCUUCUACCGGCCGCGGCUCAGCAACUGUUCUGACUACUCUGGUCAGUUCCUUCACCCAGAGGCCUGGCUCAGGGGCCGCAGCCCCUCGGACAUCUCCAGCGACGCUUCCCUGCAGAUGAACUCCAACUAUCCGGCUCUGCUGAAGUGUCCCGAAUACGACCAGAUGUCAUCGUCCCCGUGCUGAGGGGUUGGGUGUCCUAUAAUGAGCUCCCCCUUCCCUGUCUGCCAAUGGGUUGCAUUUUUUUUAUCCAUAUUUCAAACUGGGUAAAAUAGAGAGGGCAGCUUUCACGGCCCUCAAGGCUUUCCGCUUCCUGCAGUCCCCCGUAGUCUGUGCGUUGCCAUCAUUUGUCCGCCUGCCCUGUGUACGGGUUCAGGGUCUCGUCUGGUGUCUGAGGUUAUAGAAGGAGAGAGCACCUUCAACUUUUGUCUGUCCCACAGUUUCUUAGAGCCCUCACUGCCAUUCCAAUCAAAGCUCGGCACCCUGCCCUGCAGUCCUGGUGUCCUACCUGCCCCCAAAAUCUGGGCAAACCUGGCUGCUUGAGGGGCGCAGUGCCCAGGCAAGAGCCGAGCUGACCUUGUGUCAAAGCACUUGAAUGUAUUUGUGCAUCCACUGAGUGGAGUCGUGUGUGUGUGUGUGUGUCUGUGUGUGCCAAUCACUUCUGAAGUGUGUGUGACUUUAAAGAAUGCGUGUGACUUGUGUGCUUGCAUUUGACAAUUUUCAUGCAACUGUACUUGUGUGUGUCCUUUUGUGUGGGCAUCAGCAUUGACGGUGUGAUCACACGUAUGGUGGUUGUAUAGCUGUGUGCAUGGGUGGGCCCCAAAGUUACCAAGCCUUGUGUGCCAUGAUUGAUAGCCACCCAACCCUUCCUGGGUCUCUGCUCUUUCAGCAGGCUGUCACACUACAGGACUUUUCUACAUUUGUUAAAGUUGUGUUCCAGGCCUGUUACCUUCAAGCCACAGUGAAGAACCCACCAUUGGUGGGCACCACAUUUAAGCACAAAUUGGACCAGCAGAAAGCAUUCCCAGUCUCCAAAAGUCCGGCACGUCUGACUCUGCCAUCCAGCACAUAAGAGCGGGCACCGUCUAACUCAUGGGCGGUUGAGGGCCUAGCUCUUUGUAAUGUAGUUAACAUUUCAGCACUCAUCAUUUGUAUGGAACCAAAUGCAAUAUAAUAACUGACGUCUGGGGAGACAUCUCCUCCUCCUUCUCUGCCAAUGUGAGUUAAAAACCAUGCCAGUCUCAUUUCACACAUGCCUCACCGGACUGUUGGCUGGCACAGUCAAGCUGCUGAAUUGACUUUUCACUGAAUGUAAAAUUCCUGCCGAAAUGACGUCUGUCUUUGCAGCCACCUCCCCUUAAUCCUCCAGUCCCCCAAUCUAUUAAGGAGAUCACAUGUUCAGGUCCACUGCGGGACAGUCAGAGGCGGCACGAGAGCUCGCAUGUGCAUAGUCUGCUUACUGUAACCAUCUUUACAAAUCGCCAGUGUGUUCAGAGAUUAGUAAAGCAAAAUAAUGAUGACCAGUG